AUGACAUCUCACAAACCACCAGAAGAAGCUUUUAAUUUUCGAAGACAUAAUAUAAAUGAAGAGAUGUCAACUCAAUGUGAUUGGAGUCAAUUUUAUUGUCGUCUUGAUUAUGUUAUAGAAUUUAAAAGUAUAUGGCAUGAUGAGAUGGAUCUUCGUACUACCAAAUUAAUAUUUCAUAAAGGUUCAGAGGAAGAAUUUCGAAACAUGACAUGGGAUGUAAAAUAUCGUAAAGGUGAAUUUACAUCUGAGGAACUAAAAGCUGUAGUACAGGAAUUAACUAAAAAUCAAGAUGCAAAAAGAACCCCUAACAAGCGGUUGAAGCGUCAAAUCGAAAAAUUUAUAAACGAUUCGGAUUAUAAUAAUGUAAAUAUAUCAAAUUCUCGCAUGAUGCUUGAUAAUAAUUAUUUUGUUCAAAAACCUGUAGAGGUUAUAGAGAUGACCAAUGAGUAUGCUAGUAGUCAAGGUCGAUUAUUUUUAACACGACAAGAAAUUAUAGAAAACCAAAAUGAAGAAAGCCAUCAUCUCAAUAAGGAGAAUGCGAAUAUUUAG